CCCCCGCCCCGGUCCCCUCUGCUUCCCAGCCCUAGAGCCCGGGGAAGCCCCUGCCCGAGAAGAGCCCGCCCCCAGCAGCGCGCCGCCGCCGGCCGUCGGGGCCGAGCGGCAGCCGAGCGGCCGUGGGCCCGGGCUGCAGGCGGAGACGCGGGCGCCCUCCCCGCUACGGCCCGUGCGAGGUCAGACUUGUUUCUUACAUGUGAUCCAUUCCAGCACUGGACUGAUGGAGGCUGAGCAUUUCUUCAGGAGUCCAUAGAGGCCACUGUAUUCUGUUGAAGAACAUGUCUAACAGCAACACUACUCAAGAGACCCUGGAAAUAAUGAAAGAAUCAGAAAAAAACCUGGUGGAAGAAUCUGUAAACAAAAACAAGUUUAUAUCUAAGACUCCAAGUAAGGAAGAAAUUGAGAAAGAAUGUGAAGAUACCAGUUUACGUCAGGAGACACAGGAUUAUGAGUUCCUUUUUGACAAGAGGCGGACAUCCAACCAUGGUCAUGCCAGGAAAAGAGCUAAGUCUAAUUCCAAGCUAAAGUUGGUGCGCAGCCUGGCAGUAUGUGAGGAGUCCUCCACCCCAUUUGCUGAUGGGCCAUUAGAAACCCAGGACAUAAUUCAGUUGCACAUCAGUUGCCCGUCUGACAAGGAGGAAGAAAAGUCCACAAAAGAUGUCUCCGAAAAGGAAGACAAGGACAAAAACAAAGAAAAGGUCCCAAGGAAGAUGCUGUCCAGAGACUCCAGCCAGGAAUAUACGGACUCCACUGGAAUAGACCUACAUGAAUUUCUUGUAAACACACUGAAAAAGAACCCAAGGGACAGAAUGAUGCUGCUAAAAUUAGAACAGGAGAUUCUGGAAUUUAUUAAUGACAACAAUAACCAGUUCAAGAAGUUUCCUCAGAUGACCUCAUAUCACCGGAUGCUAUUACACCGGGUAGCUGCCUAUUUUGGGAUGGACCACAAUGUUGAUCAAACUGGGAAAGCCGUCAUCAUCAACAAAACUAGUAACACAAGAAUCCCUGAACAGAGGUUCUCAGAACAUAUCAAGGAUGAGAAGAAUACGGAAUUUCAGCAGAGGUUCAUUCUCAAGAGAGAUGAUGCCAGUAUGGACCGAGACGAUAACCAGAUCAGAGUUCCAUUGCAGGAUGGAAGGAGGAGCAAGUCAAUAGAAGAGAGAGAGGAGGAAUAUCAAAGGGUCCGAGAGAGAAUAUUUGCCCGAGAGACUGGCCAGAACGGAUAUCUAAAUGACAUCAGACUCUCCAAAGAAGCCUUUUCUUCUAGCUCUCACAAAAGAAGGCAGAUUUUUAGGGGGAACCGUGAAGGGCUGAGCCGCACCUCAAGCAGCCGACAGAGCAGCACAGACAGCGAACUCAAAUCCCUGGAGCCACGACCUUGGAGCAGCACAGACUCUGAUGGCUCUGUCCGGAGCAUGCGACCCCCUGUCACCAAAGCCAGCAGCUUCAGUGGAAUCUCUAUCCUUACCCGAGGUGACAGCAUUGGCAGCAGUAAAGGCAGCAGUGCAGGAAGGAUCUCCAGGCCAGGUAUGGCACUAGGUGCCCCAGAAGUGUGCAACCAGGUCACCUCAUCCCAGUCUGUCCGGGGCCUUCUCCCUUGUACUGCCCAGCAGCAACAGCAGCAGCAGCAACUUCCUGCUCUCCCACCCACACCUCAGCAACAGCCACCCUUGAAUAAUCACAUGAUCUCACAGCCAGUCCCGGCUCUGCAGCCCUCUCCGCAGCCUGUUCAGUUCUCUCCAAGCUCCUGUCCCCAAGUCCUUCUGCCAGUCUCUCCGCCCCAGCAGUACAACAUGGCAGAUGACCUCAGCAACCCCUUUGGACAAAUGAGCCUUAGUCGCCAAGGUUCUACUGAAGCGGCUGACCCAUCUGCAGCUCUAUUUCAGACCCCACUUAUCUCCCAGCACCCUCAGCAGACUAGCUUCAUCAUGGCUUCCACGGGUCAGCCCCUCCCCACUUCCAACUAUUCCACCUCUAGCCAUGCACCACCUACUCAGCAAGUUCUGCCACCCCAGGGGUACAUGCAGCCCCCUCAACAGAUCCAGGUUUCUUACUAUCCCCCUGGACAAUAUCCUAACUCCAACCAGCAAUAUCGACCUCUCUCUCACCCGGUGGCCUACAGCCCCCAACGUGGUCAACAGCUGCCUCAGCCAUCCCAGCAGCCUGGUUUACAGCCCAUGAUGCCUAACCAGCAGCAGGCGGCUUACCAAGGCAUGAUUGGGGUCCAGCAGCCACAGAACCAGGGCCUGCUCAGCAGCCAGAGGAGCAGCAUGGGGGGCCAGAUGCAAGGCCUGGUGGUUCAAUACACUCCACUGCCUUCUUACCAAGUUCCAGUGGGCAGUGACUCGCAAAAUGUGGUCCAGCCGCCUUUCCAGCAACCCAUGCUGGUCCCUGCGAGCCAGUCUGUGCAAGGAGGCCUCCCAGCAGCGGGGGUACCAGUGUACUAUAGCAUGAUCCCACCUGCUCAGCAGAACGGUACAAGCCCUUCUGUAGGGUUUCUGCAGCCCCCUGGCUCUGAGCAGUACCAGAUGCCUCAGUCUCCCUCUCCCUGUAGUCCACCACAGCUGCCACAGCAGUACUCAGGAGUGUCACCGUCUGGACCAGGUGUGGUGGUCAUGCAGCUGAAUGUCCCUAAUGGACCCCAGCCACCCCAGAACCCAUCCAUGGUCCAGUGGAGUCAUUGUAAAUACUACAGCAUGGACCAGCGGGGUCAGAAGCCUGGAGACCUGUACAGUCCUGACAGCAGCCCCCAGGCCAACACACAAAUGAGCAGCAGCCCUGUCACAUCUCCUACCCAGUCUCCAGCACCCUCUCCUGUCACCAGCCUCAGCAGCGUCUGCACAGGACUCAGUCCCCUGCCUGUCCUCACACAGUUCCCCCGGCCUGGGGGUCCAGCACAGGGUGAUGGGCGCUAUUCCCUUUUGGGCCAGCCAUUACAGUACAAUCUGUCCAUCUGCCCUCCCUUGCUCCAUGGCCAGUCAACUUACACGGUGCACCAGGGACAGAGUGGAUUGAAGCAUGGAAACCGGGGCAAGAGACAAGCACUCAAAUCUGCCUCCACUGACCUGGGUACAGCAGAUGUUGGUGAGUCACAGGAUGCUGAAUCCCCAAGAGAAAGUGCCCACCUUUCCAGUCCUUCAUUACCAGUCCAGGACGGGUGGGAAAAGCCAGCUUAGGAUGGGGAGUGGAAA